AGCGCGGCGGCGGCUCAGCGCAUAAUCGGAGCCGCAGGGCACGUGGCAGACUGACAGAGCCUACUUAGGGGCGCGCCGCGGCGGCUCGCGUCCAGUGGCUCCGCGGCGCGGGCGGCGCGGACGGUGGCACCUCGCGUGCGCUGCCGGUCAUCGCUUGUCGUGCUCUUUUAGUCGAUGUAGACGACGAAUAAGACACACCACUCAAGAAGGCGACGACAGAGAUCGGACUGUGCGUGUGCCUAGCGAUCUGGCCAAGGUUCCGCCGGUGACGACGAUGUUGUUUUCCGCCCUGACGGUGACCGUCCUGGCGGCGCUGAUGACGGUCCCAGGACAGGUGGAGGCCCAACGGGGGAGAACUCAAGAAUGUGUGACGCCGACCGGGUUCCUGGGAUCGUGUCGUUACGGCCGGUGUCCAUCCGACGGCGGACCGUCGCCCGUCUGUGCGCGCGGCUACAGCUGCUGCGUCCAGGUCACCCGAAGUCGGCCCCGGGGCACCAACCGGCGCCAGGGGGUGGGCCCGACCAGCUUCGGACGAAAAACGCUGCUCAACCCGCAGUUCGAGUGCGGCGGCGAGCCGGCUCCGGAGCCGAUGCGCGACCCUUCUGCCAUCGUGUUUCCGCGCACCAAGAGACAGGCUCCUAAGCCGGGCGCGCCCACCCCCGCACCGGGCUCGGGCGCGCUCUUCGUAGCCGGGGGAGCUCCCGAGCCGAGCACUAAUGCUGUCGGAGUGGGUGUGAUCAGUCCUCAGAAGCCGAAGCGUCCAAAGCCGUCCAUUGGGGAUGUCCUAUCACGGAUUCGCAAGCCACCGGCAAGUUCUGCGCCAAUCCCCCAUCCGCCUCGCUCUUCUUCCAGCUCCUCCAGCCGAAGAAGCCGACCGAGUCUGUUCUCCAGACCUAGACGACCGAACAAUCCGAGACGAGGUCGAUUCCAGGGGUUCUUCGGCCCUCCCAGGCGGAGCUUCAUCAAGCGUCGGGGUUACGGGCGUCCCAACUACCGCCGGCCACGCCAAAACUACUACCGCCGGCCCAAGCGGUACCACGGUCCUUCGAGAAACUACUGCCCGGUCCGCGGCUACCACAACCACCACCCGCGGCGAAGCUACAGCCGGCCUCGGCGCGGGUUCUUCGGCCACCUUCUGUCCGCGUUCACCCCGUCCCGCCGGCGCUACAAGCGCUCCCCGCAGACCGCCGAGGAGGCUCAGGCCUUCGAGUCUGUCUGGCAGGAGUAUCAGGAGCGCGUGCGUGCUGGUGACGCGCCCGCCGGUUACACCCGUCAAGAAAUCCUCGAGGCGUUCCGGGCGGCGUCGGCGGAGGCGGCUCUGAACCCCGACCCGGCCCCGGGUACGUCCGGGUGGACGUGCGGCGCCGUGCUCAUCUCUGAACGCUUCAUGCUGACGGCGGCACACUGCCUGCUUGGCGGGAGGCCGCAGGUCGUCCGUCUCGGUGACCUGAACCUGACCUCGACCGGCGACGGCGCGCCGCAGGAGUACCGUGUGGUAGAGGUGAUCUCCCACCCCGAGUACCGUCACCCGCACGUGUAUCACGACCUGGCGCUGCUGCGACUGGACCGUACCGUGCAGUUCAGCGAGUUUGUCAGGCCGUUCUGUCUGUUUGACGGACGCAGCAGUCUGGUGGACAAGGUGUCGCACGUCUCCGGCUGGGGCGCCACUGAGUUCGGCGGUGGUCAGAGCGACGUCCUGAUGGGCGGCAACGUCACCAUCUGGUCCCAGUCCCGGUGUGCCGAGGUCUACGAGCGCCAGCUCACUUUCAAACGCCAGCUGCCCGACGGUAUCACGCCCGCGCUGCUGUGUGCGGGUGGCGAGGAGCAGGACGCGUGCCAGGGCGACUCGGGAGGCCCAAUGACCGUUCUGACCGAACGCGGUACGAGACUGGUCGGUAUUGUGUCAGCUGGUAUUGGAUGCGCGGCGCCCGGCAUACCGGGCCUGUAUGCCAAUGUGGCUCACCAUCUGGAUUGGAUUGAUGGAGUGGUGUACGGAGGGCAAGGGGUGUAGGGGGAGGGGACGGAUGACCGACCGCAUGGGCAUUAAGGUCAGGAUGUGAUAGCGGGUUGGCUUUACGAUCGCACGGGCAUUACAGUGCGGGACUUACAUGGUCGCUGAUUAGCUUGAAGCAUUCACAGUUACAUGUGAAAGGGCUACGAUAGCGAGAGGGAAUGCUGAUUUAUGAUGGCUUUGUAAAACAGCAUAUUCGCAGAUGAGACCAACCAUUGCUUGUUGGUAGGUAGGUAACUAGGUAAGUACAACUAGAACAGCGCACAUUUAAAGCCAGAUACAGCAGUUGUUUUAGCCAUGCAACAUUAUACAAGCUUGACUGAGCAGUGGACCAUGUGUGAAACUAAAACGGCCACGGGCAUUCCGAUUUUUAAAGCUUCAUCAUUAGUUGAAUACGCUCAAUUUUAGGAGACGCUGUUAUCUGUAACUAGGCAUUAUAUUGUCAACUCAUGUUGGAUGUUAACAAAUACAUUACGUGUUACAAA